AUGCACUGCGGAGAUAUAUUGACCAGAAAGCUCCAGACAACUCUGGAAAACCGUCGCCAGAAUGGAAGACUCAUCGAGCCGAAAAAUCCACAAAUGGUCGCGCAGAUGGUGGAUUUUGGCUCCAAUGAUACCCUUUCCCUCACCUCAUCAGGGGUUCUGCGCAAAGCCUUGCUUGAUGAAAUUGCCAAGUAUCCUGACUUUGAAGUCGGUAGUCGAUCAACGCGGAUCUUCGAGGGGACUACUCAGUACCUGCUGGACCUGGAAGAGCAUAUGGCUCAAUUUCAUCGAGCAGACUCUGCACUGUUUUUCCCGUCUGGUUAUGAGGCCAACGUCGCUGUCUGGUCAACGAUUCCUCAGCCAGGUGAUGUUGUGGUUUACGACGAGUAUAUCCAUGCCAGUAUCCAUGAUGGUCUGCGUCAAGGGAGAGCUGUGACUCGAAUGUUCUCUCAUAAUAGCUGUGAAUCUCUUCGAGAGUGUCUCUUAGAGAUAUGCAAGUCAAGCCCAGUCGUGGCAAAAGGAGAACAAUCGGUGUUCAUUGCUCUCGAAUCAAUGUACAGCAUGGAUGGGGACAUAGCACCUGUUCAUGAAAUGCUGAGGCUGACAAAAGAAAUAUUGCCCCACGGCAACGCGAUCUUCUCAAUCGAUGAGGCACAUUCCAAUGGUCUAGUCGGUGAAAAUGGAUCAGGUUAUAUUUGUUACUACGGCCUCGAGAAGGAAUUUCCUAUUCGACUGCACACGUGUGGGAAGGGGCUCGGCUCAAAUGGUGCCGCUGUGCUUGCUAAUUCCACCAUCCGGUCAUACCUGAUCAACUAUGCGAGAGGCCUCAUCUUCUCUACAGCCCCCGCAUUUCCAUCGUUAGCUGCUGUCAAAGGAGGAUACAACAUUCUGGCAAGCAAGGAAGGCGAGGAGCGCCGUACUCAUCUGCAGAACAACAUCCGCCAUUUGUAUGAGAAACUCACUGGACAUCCAGAAUGGGCAAAAUAUGUAUUCAGUGGUAUCAUCAGCCUUCCUACUGAGAAAACUUGGCGUACAGGACCUUUCCGGGGCCCGAUUAUCCCGCUCGUCACAGAGCUUGGACAAGCGGCCAGUCUUGCCCAGAGAUUACAGAACGCGGGCUAUCAGGUGAAUCCAGUGUUCUACCCUAUCGUGCCUCGAAGCAAGGAACGGGUCCGACUUGUGAUGCAUGCAGACAAUACAGCAGCUCAGAUUGAUGAGGUGGUGGAUUUGAUCAUGAACUGGUCGAGGUCUCGUUUUACGGACCAGCUUGGAGUGUCAGGUCGUCUUGUAUCCGACGGGAACAUGUAUCAGAACACGGCUUUCUCUGACUAA